AUGCCUUUCCUUGACCACCUCCUCACCUACAAGAUCACAGCUUACAACACUAGGCACCAAAGAGGAAGAAAGCUUAGUAUUGGAGGGCUCAUCACACCUAUCUUGUGUGCUGCUGGAGUAAACCCAACUGAUAGGAGAGCUACUGAACCAGGUUGGAUGGACAUCAAGUUCUGCAAGACCAACCUCCUCAUUGAGCACAAGGAGUUAGAUGGGAGGUUCCAAUUCAAGUUCACACAUCCAUUGGUUGGACCCUCCAAGUUUCUCCUGCCUAACCCAGAGCUCACCACAGUUGUAAGGGGUGAGAACAUUGAUUUUAGACCCCCUGUGUACACAUUAGUUGGGCAUGAGGAUGAUCUGCGAGAAGAGGAGCCUGAGCUCGAUCGAGCUGAUCGAGCUGAGGGUCGAGCUGACCUGGAGGAGCCCCUGUUUGAGAAUCCUGGAUUCGAGUACGAUCAACCAGUACCAGGACUUCUCUCAGACCCUGGACCCCUACAACCGCUUCGAGCGAGCACAGCUCCACCAAGGCCAAGGAAGCCACACACUUUGAAGAUGAAGAAGAAGAGGAAGAGGAGCCGCAAGCUCGAUCGAGUGAGCCAAGAGGCAACCCAGUUGCAUGGAGCGCUCCUGAUGGCCGUCUCCCAUCUCCAGACCACGACCUAG